AUGGUUGAACCAUCAAUUAAUAGAUUUCCACAAAUUAUAAUUCAAUAUUGUAAUGCAUGUAAGUGGCAAAAUAGGGCAAUUUGGUACUUGCAAGAAAUUUUACAAACUUUUCCUGACUUAAUUAAAGAUAUAUCAUUACAACCUAUAAAUGAAACACCAGGGGUAUUUCAAAUCAUAUUAAGUAGAUCAGACAAUGAUGUUAAAGUAUUAUAUAAAAGAAAAAUGAAGAAUGAGGAGGUUGGAGGAUAUAUUUAUGUAGGUUUUCCUGAUUCCAAAUUUGUUAAACAAUUAAUUAAAGAUGAAUUUGAUGUUGAAGUUGGUGAUCAUAUUUCAAGAGGGUCUACAAACUAUAAACUAACUGAUCCUACUGAUUCCGAAUGCAUAGAUUGUAAAAGAGCAUAA